AUGAAUUUCCCUCAGCAAUAUUACACCUUUUAUAAUUACUACCCAUAUCCUCAGCAGAUGAUGCAGUUCCCUCCUACCAACUACAUGUGGCCUGCAGUUGACAGAGGGAACAGUUCAUUACGACAUAAAUUUACAAAGGCAGAGGACGACCUUCUCAAGCAAUUAGUGGCUAAAUUCGGAGAAUCUAACUGGAUGGCAGUCGCUUCGCAUAUGAAAACGAGAACACCACGUCAAUGCAGAGAGAGAUAUAAAAACUACCUAUCAGACAAGAUUAAAAAUGGGCCAUGGACCCAUGAAGAGGAAGUUUUACUUCAGGAAAAAGUUAAAGAACUCGGACAAAAGUGGGCAAAAAUCGCUUUAUUCUUCGAGAGUCGAUCAGAUGUUAACGUAAAAAAUCAUUGGACAGCGCUUGUUAACAGGCAAAUUCGCGAAAAUUUAUCAAUGAAAAACAACCCAGCACAGCCAAUUGUUAAAGCUGAGGAAACAAAAGAAGAAGACGUAAACUCAGAACCCAUCUAUGUCCCAGACACAGUUAAUCAGGACACUCCUCCACAGGAAGAUAAACUAUAUAUACAACCAACUCAAGACCAAACACCGCCGUCUGCUGAAGACGCUAUUAUCGAACCACCAAAGGAUAAUAAUAAUAAUUCGAAUUCUUCGACCAGCAUUUGGGAUCAACCGCUUGUACUCGAUCCAGCAAAUGAAUGGGCAGCAGUUACAUCAUCAUUCAACGGCAAAUCCUUAUUCGACUUCUUUUAA